UGUACAUGUACAUCUACAUGUACAACUACAUGUACCUGUACGUAUGUGUACAGUACAUGUAAAUUAUAUGCGUGAUGACGAGUGCUCACUCCCGGCCCUAGCGAUAGAGUGUUCAGCACUGCACUCAGAUCGCUUAAUGCUUGCGUGGUGGUAACUUUCAGAGGCCUCCCCCACUAUUAACGGUAGAUCGUGGAGGGAGGAAUAGAUUGUGUGACCCUGGUUUCUACAUACAUGUACAUACAUGUAUGUAAUCGUUGUCAUCGCUGAGUGAAAGCCUCGCCUGCCAGAUGCCAGGCCUAAACCUAGUCCGACGCACGGCGAAGCAUUGAAACCUUUGGCUCAUGGUUGCAGUUUCUCAAUACUCCUUAAAGUCCAGACUAGUGGAGUUUUAACUGGAAGUGGUGGAGGGUGGACUUACGACGAAUUUUUUUGACAAAGUGCUGUCUUAAAUUUAACUAGGGCCUGUGUCUGCAAACUAUCAAAUUUUAUUGCGAAAAGAAGUCACGUAAAACAUUUACAAUUAUAAACAGCAUAUCAUUAAUACGUUUACUUUACUGGCCCAUUUGCCCCCGGGCCGGUCGUACAGAACUAUCGCAAACUGUACUACAAAGUUUGUAAUAGAACAGUACAGCUGGAGGCGCUUGGGCUAUAAUUUUACCAAUUCACGAAGAAAAGAAGUCACUGAAAUUAUUGCAUGCCAAAAGCUGCAAUUUCAGUCGUGUUUGUUUCCAUUUUCUUCAUGCUUAUACUGCACACUUAUAUUCAAAUUUGUUUUCCAUCAAUGCUUUCCCGCAACACUCAACGUCUGCUGCAUAGCCCGCUCUGAUGUAUAAUGUGACAAUUGGCAUCAAGCCUUCACAGGAUCAUCUCUAAAAAAAAGAGAAAAACAUGGGGACAGCAGUAACAAUUCAACAAAUGAUAUUUUUUCAUAUUCAUUAUCUUAAUUUACUAUUCCCAACAAUACAAGUCAACAGACCAGAGAAUAUGGGAAUGUGCCGUCAUUCCUCUUUCGUCAUUCGCAGCCGAUAAAAAUGCUUCCAUUAGUCAGAUUCAAUGUGGAAAUUCAUAGGGGUCUUUCUGCUCCUGAGUUCAGAGAUCAGACAGGACGAUAAAGUCACUGGGAAGUAGCAAAUGGAUUUCACAGAGGCCUACCCUGACCGCUGCUCGACAGUCGGGGCUGCCGUCCGGAUGGGAAAUGCAGAGGUGCUGCAAGAGCUGAUAGCCAGGGGGGCUAGCAUCAACGUCCAUGAUAACCGUGGCUGGUCCCCACUGCAUGAGGCUGCCAGUACCAGAAAGUAUGACUGUGUUAGAAUCUUGCUGACUAAACUGAGUAAAGAAGAUGUGAAUGCUAGGACGUGGGAGGGUGAGACGGCCACCUUUUUUGCAGCCAAGACUGGCCACUUGAAGAUUUUGAGGCUGCUCGUCAAACAUGGCGGUGAUCCUAACAUCUCCAACAACGAGGACGGGUCACCGAUUUUACAAGCCGUGUCGGGCAACCACAAGGAUUGUGUUGCUUUCCUGCUGAGGCAAGGGGCUAAUGUCAACAGCCAUCUGUUUGGGGGCUGGUCCCUUCUCCAUGAAGCCGCUUGCUGUGGCUUCCCUGACAUCCUGAGUCUGCUUCUUCGUGCGGGAGCCAAGAUCGAUGUGAGAGAUGACUUUGGCAUCAUGCCCGUGUUCACGGCCGCUCAAUAUGGAAAGCUUGACUGCCUGAAGCUCCUCAUUGAACAUGGAGCUGAUCCCAAUGCCAGGGCAGAGGACAAUGCCACCCCAUUGUAUCUAGCAGCACAGGAAGGGUAUUCACAGUGUGUGGAGUACUUGUUGAUUCACGGUGCGGUGGUAGAUAUACCGACAAAUACUGCUCAAGGAUUCCGGCCCAUACACGUUGCAGCUUUCAGAGGCCACUUGAAGAGUUUAAAGUUGCUGAUACCGCCAAGUCUCUCAGUGCUAGAGCAAGUCAAGAUUCCAGGGGAGUGGGAAGAGUUACUCACCCCUCUGCAGCUGGCUGCCCGGGGAGGCCACGACGAGGCCAUCAAGAUGCUGCUGGACGCAGGCUGUGACCCUGACUGCGGGGUCAGGAACCCAACUGAGAACACCAAGGGGAUGCUGCUGCAAAUGGCGCAGACACUGGACAUCGACCCCCCGCCUUUCUACUGCGCCACCCAGAUGGGCCACUACACCACGGCAGCACUGCUGCUGGAGUCCGGGGCCAGCGUCUGCCGACCGUCCGACCAGUACUGCUUGCUGACGAUGUUCAGGGACGACACCAGGGCCACGGAGCUGCUCCUAGAUCAUUGCGGGAAGAUUGACUGCAAGCACAUCCUCUCAGAUUUGUUUCACAUGCUCUUUCCACUGGAUGCCCUCAGGCUUCUUAUGGACAGAGGAUUGCGGAUCCGUUUCAACUGUCAAGCAGCGCACGGUUUAUGCCCUAGGAUCAAUGCUAACAUAUUAACACUGCAUGCCUCAGAAGUUACCUGCGUGAUGAAACUGAUUUAUGGCUAUGUUGACAGGCUGUGCCUUUGUGAACACAACAUCAAGCGUCUUCAGGAAUUAGGCUGCUAUGACAAAGUUGUCUCUCUGACAAGCAAACCUCACUCUCUCUUACACCUCUGUCGGGUGGCCAUCACGGAGCACUUGGGCACAACACGUGCACCAAAGAUCAUCCCAACGAUAGACUUCCUUCCAGUCCUAAUCAAGGACUUUCUUCUUUAUAAGGAUAUGAGACCUGGUUCAUGAAAUUCCAUCAAAAGCCUAGUGGGGGAUUUGUUUUCAGUGUGGUCAUCUGUAUAUUGAAAGCAGGUUAUAAAAAGUCCUUUAAAGGAUUAUGAAAUUAAAGACGUUUGGGCAGCGGCCAGGUAACAGUAUCAAAUGGGAGUGCAUGAGAAUUUCUUGCAAACAACAGAAGCAUCACCCUCCUGGUUUUUAAAUUACAGAACCAGCCUCCUCUUAGGAAAACAGAGUGAAAGCUCAAAGAAAUUGUGUGUAUCUUCCAUCUCCCCCCCCCUAGAAAAUGUAUGUGGAAUUCAAGAGUUCAAAUACAAGAAAUUAAAAACUAAAGCCGGCUUUUUUGUGUUCUCAUGGACUAUUUAUUUAUGCAUUUUGUACAUUUUCGCUGCAACUUGGAUUGUUGUGAUAUUUAUUAUUCAAUAAAAUGACAGUGUUGAAACUCUUCUCAGUAGUUAUAUUUUUGUAUUUUCUGUUUCAUAUUUGAGUGAAAAAACUUAGUAUGUGUAUUCCUUUGUGUAUUCAAACACAGGUAUUUGUCAUGAAGGAAAUGUCGGGAAGCUUUUUUCACGACCUAUUUGUUUGACUGCCUUUGAUGAAAUAAGUGUGAACAGGGAGAGGUCAUUUUAAUCAUCGCGUGGACAUGUUCUUGUAGUUUCGUCAGAGUUCCAAUUAGGGACAAAACCCAAGCAGAAUCCAAAUAUUCUUGCAGUUCGUCAUCGCUUAGAGUCGGAACUUCAUUAUGAUGCAUAAACACAAUUGCACGAAUUUUUUUUUUAUCACGAUUACAGGAGAUCGCGAUUACAGGUGAUGCAUGGCAAGUGCUUGCUUUUAUAAACCAGUAAAAACUGGUCAUUUUCGCCAUUACUGUUUUGUUGGGAUCCUGCCUCAUGAUUAUGAUGUAUAACUUUAAAUAAAUACGAUUGUAGAAACGGA